AUGAUUAAGUCAUCAUCCACUUUUAUCUCAUCAUCAAUCUCUCUACCGCACAAUGCAGUAAAAUCCAUAGUAUUCAAACUGGCGGAGGUUCUCAUGGCGCUUUUUAUCUACAAGCUCUUCUCCCUCCUUGCGGCACUUUCCAAUCAAUUUGCAUCGUAUCUUAUGUUCGCCGAAGAUUACAUUCAACGCUGGCACUUCCUCUCGUCCAGUGGCAUCUCCCGCGCCAGCUUUAUUGUUCUCCUCUUCACCAUUCUUAACACGCUUGCGUCCCUUUAUGGGACCCUACUCUGGGCGUUAGAUGCUCCAGGCUACAUCUUUAAGACAUCUAAUGUCACAGUUGCCCAGUAUGCGACUUGGCGCAACCAGGAUUCCCCUUAUAUCAUCCAGCUGCAUCUUGAUCCCAGUACAUUACAAGAGACAGAGGCAACACUCCCACAGGUUAUGGGGUCUGAGCUUUUUAAGCCAGGCCUAAACUAUACUUUGACUAGUGAAGUCCAAAGGGGAUCUCCCGAAAUCACAACACCGACGCGGCAGUAUGGCGUCGGGGCGCGAAUCUGGCUUGAUGACGACGGCUUCUCUGUUUCACCAGAUAGUGAUGCCAUGAUCCCAGAAACGGCCGUCGCUAACGGCCAAGAGUUUCCUGAGUGCAUUACCGUUGGUGGAGGCUCGGCUUACUGGAAUUGCACCUUUAACAACACAUUCUCACAAAACUUAGAGGAAAAGGUCAUUGGGAGGCCCGAAGUACACUGGAACGACAAGUCAGACCUGAAGCUCGAUUCAAGAUACGUCACCCCAAAUAGAGCCGAUAAUAUUUGGUUUUCUUUGGGGCGAGGAGGUGGUUCUACGGCUAUGAUGCAGGUCUUUACCGUGACCAAGGGGACGAGACGACAUACGUUUCUUGAGUAUGUAUCUCGCGUUACCAUGUUGACUGACCCGGGAGUUCCAUUUACGGCGCUGGAAGUCAGAGAUUUGGUACGCCGGACCUGGAGCACGAACCAGACCGACAGGAACAACCCGCUCAUAGACCAUAUUGCGGAAGACAUUAUGAACGCUCAGGGUCAAGAUCUUAGCUACCAUUUCGGAGUCAACGCAGCCGAUAACGGGAACCUCACGGUGCUUCAAUCCAGCUGGGGCUACUUUACUGUCUCACUCAGCAGUACCGGGGAAGACCUAUUUUCGCUGAUUAACUUCGCAUCGGUCAAUAUUACGCUGAUAAGAUCUGAAACUAUCGACAAACCGAUAAUACCAUUUGAGAAAUGCGCCCGUGGAUCAUUCCAGAAUGAGGCGUUUGGUGGAAGGGUCACACAGACUGAUUGCGUCGGAUCUACAACCGAUGACAACAGUCACGUGUUCUUCGGCCAGGUAGACACUGCCGCUGUUCUGAUACUACAUGGCCUCGGUAAUGGCCGUUCCAAUAUCAGCUCCGAGUCCCUUAAUGACAGCGUCAUGUCCUGGACUCGGAACAUGUCGGCCGCGAUGGAAGGCCUACUUGUCGCAAGGGGCUAUAUAGUCAGCAUCGAUCCAGCUCUGGUUAUGAUCAGUGUUGAUAAGUUGACUGUUGCUAUAUCUGGCCUGCAGAUCCUUCUAAGCAUCUUUGCUCUGGUUCUCGCGGGAGCUGCAUGGCUUGCGCUAGCUUUCUUUGCGGAUUCGCAUUGGUCUAAUACGUUCUUAGCAGACUUUCUAUAUGCUAUAUCAGAAAGGGAUGGGAAAAAGUCGAGACCUGGAUAUAUUCACGACCCUCCCAGUGUUGAACUAAUAGGAUAUGGGGAUGAGCAUGUUAUUGCGGUCUAUGGGAAAGCAGUUGCCCUUCAAGACCGAGUUCUGACACUAUGGAAAAGAAAGGAGGUAUAUUUCUAUGCAAAAGUCCUAACACAUUCCGGUCCUAACCCCGCUUUGAAUAUAAUAUUAAUAUAA